AUGUGGCUUCUCGAUACCACCUUCCUCGAACUCCAUCAAGUGUCCGAUCCGACCCAAGAACGAUACGCCAUUCUGUCUCACGUCUGGAAUCUGGGGAAAGAGGACUCUUUUCAUUCCAUCCGUCAACUUCACAAUAAUAUCGCGCGCGAAAGUCCUGCGCAUGCAGAGGCCUACCUCGCACACCACCACAAAGUCACCCCCAAGCUGCGCUCUCUUUGCAAGUUUGCCCGCCACAACGGCUACAGACGCGUCUGGAUUGACACCUGCUGCAUCGACCAGAGCAGCAGCGCUGAGCUCUCCGAAGCCAUCAACUCGAUGUACAAGUGGUACUUACAAGCGGCUAUAUGCUAUGCUUUCUUGGCCGACGUUGACGACGACCAAGACCCUUCGAGUCCCGCUUCUCCUCUCCGCACAUCUUUCCGCGAAAGCAUCUGGUUCACGCGCGGAUGGACUCUCCAAGAGCUCGUCGCGCCCCGCAACGUUGUCUUCUUGAGCCGUCAUUGGACGGUCCUGGGCACGAAAACGAGCCUUCAAGAUGUCAUCGCGGAAGUCACCCACAUCAGCAAGGCUGUCUUGACGCAUUCAGCCCCGCUCCAUUCAGUGAGUGUUGCGCAGCGCAUGUCCUGGGCAGCGGGACGUCGAACCACGCGAGAGGAAGAUCGCGCAUACUCUUUGCUCGGGAUCUUCGGUAUCCACCUGCCCACCAUCUACGGAGAAGGCGAACAGGCGUUCGUCCGCCUUCAGGAAGAGAUUCUACGACGCAUCCCCGACCAGACCCUUUUUGCGUGG